AUGGCAAUUAACCAGCAUUCAGGGUUUGUUUUCUCUGAGGAAGUUGAUAUUUCUGAAUUAGAAGACGUUUUUGAAGACUUGGCUUUGUUACAAGUUUCUGAAACCUUUGAACAAGAUCAGAAAUUUGAUCCCCAAUAUGACGAAGAGUUGUCUCGCAUUUGUGAUCAAGUAGGAAGUGGUGUAUUAAAAAGAAUAAACAGUGGUGAAAUCAACAACGUGAGUGCAAAGCGAGUACGGCUUGAAGAACCAACGACAUCCCGUGGUAGCGCAGCAGCAGAGCAAUCAUCAACUUUGCAUGGAAACUUAGAGAAGUUGACGAAAAAUUUAAAAGAUGAUGAAUUUCAUGAGCUUGGGCUUCAUUUUCCAAAUCAAAAUGACUUUGAUAGACUUCGUCAGAAAGGUGUCUUUCCAUACGAAUAUAUGACAUCACUUGAAUGUUUCGAUCUAACUUUCUUACCAAACAAAAAACAUUUUCGAAGUUCACUUACGAACAAUGAUAUUUCUGAUGCUGAUUAUAAUCGAGCUCUAGAUGUGUGGCAACAUUUUGGUUGUGAAAAUAUGUUAGAUUAUUCAAAUUUAUAUUUGAAAACUGACGUUUUAUUAUUAACAGAUGUAUUUGAAAAUUUUCGAAGGCUUUGUAUAAAAACAUAUGGUUUAGAUCCAGCUCAUUACUACACGGCUCCGGGGCUAAGUUGGGAUGCUAUGCUAAAAAAAACAAAUGUAAAAUUGGAAUUAUUAACUGAUAUUGAUCAAAUCGCUUUUAUUAAAGCAGGCAUUAGAGGUGGCAUAUCUCAAUGUAGCAACAGAUAUGCUAAAUCUAAUAAUAAAUAUUUAGAAGAUUUUGAUAAAAAUAUUCCUUCGUCAUAUAUAAUAUAUUUAGAUGCUAAUAAUCUUUAUGGGUGGGCUAUGUCACAAUAUUUACCUGAGGGAGGGUUCAAGUGGGUUAGUUUGGAUACAAAUUUUAAUAUUCCUGAUACAUCAGAGUAUGGAUACAUUUUAGAAGUCGAUUUAGAGUAUUCUCAAGAUCUCCACGACAAACAUUCAGAUUUCCCAAUGUGCCCCGAAAAUGUAAAUAUCGAUUAUCCUGAAAUGUCAGUGAGUCUGACCCACGGCUCGGUAAGGUCGAUAGUUUUUCGAAAACUGUCAAUAGAUGGCGCUGAUAUCAAUACUUCCCGAAUAGACGCUAGGUGGCAUCGUGCUACAUUUCUGAGGGGGGGUCCCCCGGCGAAUCCACUGCGAUCGCGAUUUGAAACCCCAGCCAGCCAGGGGGGGGGUCCCCCAGCGAUUCCACGGCGAUCGCGAUUUGAGACACCAGCCAGCCAGGGGGGGGUCCCCCAGCGACGAGUCCCGACGAGUGAGCCAGAACUCUCGAAUCCUAACUACUUAUAUUAA